UCGGGGCAUUUCACGCUUGAAUUGAAUUGGGUCUAUUGAGCAUUUCACGCUUGAAUUGAAUUGGGUCCCUCUCAAUAUUCCCAAUUUUCAUUCUUCGUUUAGCUCAUCCAAUUUUGUAUUGGAAAGGGACCAUUUUUAUUCGGUGGAUUGUGUUUGUGGGUAUCAGUGUUCAAUCCACCCAGGGUUUUCUUCAACGAAGCAAUAAGAAGUGGGGUCCUAAAAACGUCGUUAUCGGUCACCUUCUUCACAAUGUCGCACUGGGUUUCACUCAAACUCCUCAACAGAUUUCUCACCAACCAUACCCAUCGCAAUGGGUCCGCUCUCAACUGAUAUUUACGCCCAUUCCAUUAACAUCUUCGAAUUCUUUUCAUGGCUACUCUUAAGGUUGGACCCUUUCAGGGUUGUGCUCGAGCUUCUUCUCUGUUUGCGGCUGUUUCAGAUUCUCGGUCUGGUUCUGCUGCCAAUUCCUUGAGCUUCAGGAAUGAUUUUAGCAAGCUGAGGAAAUGGGAAUGCCCCCGUUUGGUAGUUUUGGCUUCGAGAGCAAUCACUUCCGUUGAAGAUGAAAAGCCGGCUGUUGGCUCUUCUCAAACCAUUAUUAAUCGGACUCUGGAGGACCCUAAAGUUUCUCGUAAGGAUUUGAGUAUUCUUCCAAAACCCUUAUCUGCAACUGAUCUUCAUUCUCCAAAUGACGGUUCCAAAGUUCGAGUUGCAUAUCAGGGUUUACCUGGAGCAUAUAGUGAGAUUGCUGCAUUGAAAGCAUACCCAAAGUGUGAGACUGUCCCAUGUGACGAUUUUGAAGCUGCAUUUAAGGCAGUUGAAUUGUGGCUUGUUGACAAGGCUGUUCUUCCAAUUGAGAACUCUGUUGGUGGAAGCAUUCAUCGGAAUUAUGAUUUACUCCUUCGGCAUAGGUUACACAUUGCGGGGGAAGUGCAGUUGCAAGUUAACCUCUGCCUCUUGGGAUUGCAAGGUGUGAGGAAGGAGGAGCUGAAAAAUGUUUUGAGCCAUCCCCAUGCUUUUGAUCAAUGUGAGACGACACUGAGCACAUUAGGUGUUAUGAGGAUUAGUAUCGAAGACACUGCUGCAGCUGCUCAGAUGGUGGCAUCAGGUGGUAAAAGAGAUACUGGAGCGAUUGCAAGUGCUCGAGCUGCAGAAAUUUAUGGGCUAAAUAUUCUUGCGGAUAAUGUUCAGGAUAACGAUAAUAACAUAACUCGUUUUCUGAUUCUUGCAAGAGAACCCGUUAUUCCAGGAACAGAUAAGCUGUACAAGACCAGCAUUGUCUUUACUCUUGAGGAAGGCCCCGGUGUUCUAUUCAAAGCCUUGGCAGUCUUUGCCUUGCGGGAGAUUAAUUUGACAAAGAUAGAGAGUCGUCCACAGAGACAACGUCCUCUAAGGGUUGUUGAUGAUUCCAAUGAAGGGAGAGCAAAAUAUUUUGAUUAUCUCUUUUACAUAGACUUUGAAGCUUCAAUGAUGGAACCUCGAGCUCAAUGUGCUAUGGCGCAUCUACAGGAAUUUUCGCGGUUUCUUCGUGUUCUUGGUUGUUAUCCAGUUGACAAAGUUUGAUUCCACAUUAUCUUAGACAGGGAGAAGUGUGUUCUCUGUUUGUGAUGCACAUUGAUCUGGCAGGAAGCAAUGCCAGAUUCAGGUUUUGGGAUAAAUAAGAAGUCAGUUGCUACAAAGUAUAUAAUGUUUCUUUUAAUAAAAUCUUUCAAUAGCAUUCUCACUUCAUCAUUCUUUUAACAACUGUCAUAGCUUAUAGGAAAACUUGUAUAUGUAUAACUUGGACCAAUUGUUGGACGGACUAAACUUUCUGUUGAGGACUUUACAUACUAAAAUGUUACUGUUAGCUUGUCCCAGAAUAGAGGAAAAUGCAUUUUCUUUGUUA